AUGUCAGGAUCUACAGGAGAACGUCCUUUUAGUGACAUCGUUACUAGUAUUCGUUACUGGGUAAUUCACAGUGUUACAAUUCCGUCACUCUUUAUUGCAGGAUGGCUUUUUGUAAGUACUGGUUUAGCUUACGAUGUAUUUGGAACACCGCGUCCAAACGAAUACUUUACGGAAGAGCGUCAAGAGCUUCCUUUAAUUUCAGAUCGUUAUGGUGCACUUGCCCAACUUGAUGAUCUUGUACCAAACUAA